AAUCAUUCAUGAAUCAUAAUAAACAUACUCCAUUCCUAUAUAUAACUUAACUUUUUCAUCAAGGAAGAAAAAACACAUUUAUUCUAUAAAAGAGACUCAGCAGCUAGAUAUCCGGUGGCAUAUCAGAGAGUCCUAACAGAGUGUUGUAGUCCAUUAUAUCCAAGAGAGGACCUUAUAGAAACGAGAACUUAAAGGAGAAGAUCGAGAUGGAUAUUACUAGUAGUGAUCCAAAAAGACACAUGUUGAUGUGUUUUUUUCUAUGGAUACUGUUAUUUUGCAUGGUGGUCGAGUCGCAUGCUCAACUAUCGGAGAACUUCUACGCCUCGACAUGUCCUAACGUGGAGCUUAUCGUUCGUCAGGCGGUUACAACUAAAUACCAACAAACCACCAUCACGGCUCCGGCAACAUUACGAAUGUUCUUUCACGACUGCUUCGUCGGUGGAUGUGAUGCAUCUGUGUUAAUAGCAUCUAAUAAUGGAGACGCGGAGAGGGACGCCCAAGACAAUAUAUCCCUUGCCGGAGAUGGUUUCGACACUGUGAAUAAGGCUAAACUAGCUGUCGAAGCUCAAUGUCCUGGCCUUGUGUCAUGUACCGAUAUUAUGGCUCUCGCCGCCAGAGACGUCGUCGCCCUCGCUGGAGGGCCAGGGUUUAAGGUAGAGCUAGGGAGACGAGACGGGCUCGUGUCAACUGCGUCUCGAGUUGACAGGAAGUUACCAGGACCAGAGCUAGACGUAAAUGGUCUGGUCGAUCUAUUCGCUAGUAACGGACUCACAAUGACCGACAUGGUAGCUCUCUCGGGCGCGCACACAAUAGGAUUCUCUCACUGCGACCGUUUCGCCAACCGUCUCUACAACUUCUCAGCGCUCAUGCCCGUAGACCCCACGCUUGACCCGGCCUACGCACAGCAGCUGAUGCAAUCCUGCCCUCGUGUUGGUGCGGACCCCAGCGUCGCCGUAAACCUGGACCUAACCACCCCAAAUGUCUUUGACAAUGUCUACUUCCAGAACCUAGUUGCUCGGAAAGGACUUUUCAGUUCCGAUCAAGUUCUGUUUAACGACUUCAGGUCUCAAGCAACGGUGGUCAGGUUUGCGAACAGUGCUGAAGAAUUCAACAGAGCUUUUACCUCAGCUAUGAGGAAACUCGGCCGCGUUGGAGUUAAGGUUGGGAAGGAAGGAGAGAUUCGUAGGGAUUGCUCUGCUUUUAACUAACUUUAUGUCACAAAUGUUUACAAAACAUAAAACAUACAAAUUCUCUAGCUUUUUUAUUACUGUUUGCUAUAUGAAAUUGUCAUAAUCCACAAUGGAACCUUUUAAUAUUGCUGUUGUAAAGCUAUUUUACAGGAUUGAAAGAAACAUUAUUUGAAGUA